ACUUCACUUUCACGUCAACACUUCUAAAACAGAAACAACCAACCACACUUCUAAAACCCUUCAUCAAGUUCAAAACUUUCUUCAAAAAUCUUUGACCCUUUUCUCCAUUCUUCACAAUGCAACCACAAUCUAAUUCUAACUCACCCAUCAAACCAAUGAACUCACUCACUCAAUUUUUUCAAAACAUUUUCUCAGAUAACAGCAACAUAAUGUUAGCUGCUAUAAUUUCCUUAUUACUUGUCAUUCUCUUUGUUCUUCUCCUUCAUCUUUAUGCCAAAUGGUUCUUAGCACAAGCACAUUCACAAGCACAAGCUCGUCGCCGCCGUCGUCGGAGAACAACCGUAACCGUCUCCGAUGUCUUAGGUCCUGCAAGGUUCCACCAUUUUCACAGCUUCAACAUUGAAGACUCACCACUUUCUACAAAGGGUCUUGAUUCUUCCAUCAUUGCUUCCAUUCCUCUGUUCAUUUAUGCAGAGGAAAAUAGCAAUGAUGAAAUGAAACAAGAACUUGAAUGUGUGAUUUGUUUGAGUGGUUUUGAAAAUGGUGAAAUGGGAAGGUGUUUGCCAAAAUGUGGACAUGGUUUUCAUGUUGAGUGUAUUGAUAUGUGGUUGAUUUCACAUUCUAAUUGUCCUAUUUGUAGAGCUCCAAUUGUUCAUGAUUCUUCUUCAAGUGUUGUUGUUGUUGAUGAUGAUGAUUCUAGUUUUGUUGAAAUUGUGAUUGAUGAAACUACAAGUUCUGAGGUUAGAGAAAGUGAACAAGGGAAUGGUAAUAAUAAUGGAAGUGUGGUAGUGAGUGAUUCUGUUUCUGAAACUUCUUCUUCUUUGUUUGGUUGCUCUUUGAAGACAGUGUUCAGCAAAGUUUUUAAAUCUUGUAAUGUAAAUGAAUCACAUGUUUGAUAAUUUGAGAUAUCAUCGUAUACAUGAUCUUGUCAUUAUCUAUAUUUUUUGUGUAUAGGAUUAGAAAUAUUGCUCUGUUAUUUUGUUCUGCUAACUCUAAAUUCAACAAUGAAUUAGUAUACACAUUUACAAGUUAGUUACUUGUAUGAAAUUUGUGUU